AUGAAUUUACCCAAUCCAUGUCUUCUGGGCAUUGUACUAACGAUAUCCACACAUUCGGGGCCCCAAGUUGUGUAUCACUACCCUCCUGUGGACAUUCACUCAUCGAGAAAGAAGAAAAAGCGAGAACUUGAACAAGAAGCUGCCAGUGCCGCUCAGAAUAGUGCAGAAUUUAGGGCCUCUAAACAAGAUGGUCAUUUGCAGAGAAAGAAAUCUGUGAAGUCGGCGCAUCAUGAGACCGAGAGUGAAGCGAAUUUUUCCAUGCAUUCUACAAAAACCGAAGAAUUCGAUACCCCUGAAACCAGUGAUAGCUCCGAUGAAAAUACCAGUAGUGGUUUGAGUGACAGUGACAUCUCCACAGACUAUGCAGAUGUAUCUUCUGAAUCAAGUUCUUCGGCAUCGGACGAUGAAUAUUCUGUGGGAAAUGAAGACGUCAGUGGUCCAAGACUAUCAAUUGACAAUAGUGAUAGUCUUCAAUCUUUGGGCAACUCACUCAAAAGUACGAACAAUAGAGAACUUCAUGCAGCUGCGAGUAGAGUUUUUCAAUAUUUGAGUCCCCAGGACUCAAAACGCAAUUCUGUCGUUUCAAAGCAUGCCUUGAGUCGAGAGCAGGAGGGGCCUUCUGUCAAUUUAGACCAAGAGUCUGAUGAUGAGGCCGAAAAUGCAUAUGAGCUCGAUGACCAACAUUUUGGCUCUGAAUUCCAGGCCAUCAACAAAAUUCUACGCUUUGAUACUGAUUUUUUUGCUGAAAUCAGCUCACCACCAAAGGAAAUGUGCAACACAAGAUUCGAGUUGUCGGUUGAUGAACUCGUUCUUUUGGGACUCCCGAUCCACAGAGAUUUACAAGGCAGAUGGAGAAAAUCAAAAAAGAAAAAAAGUGGUAAUCGUUCUCGACCUUCAAACUCCAGUCUCAGAGGCAGGAAUGCAUCACAGGCGCGAUCUGCAACCUCGGAAGGGCACGAUGAUAAUAACGACGCGUUUGUUGAAUCGGGAUCUACUCACACUGCGUCUGACAAUCAUAGCAACAAGGAUGAGUAUCGCGAUCUCGAAAAAAGUGUCAAUAUGUUCCAUUUAUGCUUUCUUCUUAAUCCUCAGCUUGUUGAGUACAAUGAGAGAGUUGACGACAUGUAUCACUACGUGAUCUCCAGACUGUCACUUAUACUCCGAUAUGUUCAAGCUAGAACUGGAUUUGUAACGAACGAAUGUUUUGAAAUCCUGAAGACCAGAGAUCGCGUCUUAAAGUCCUCGCAGAGGUAUCAGUCAAUAAAGGGUCAAGGUAACAAGGGAAAGUACCUGUAUCAGAAAAUAGUGAAUAAGUCUCCUCUGGCGCGCAUCAUCACUCAGUGUUACGAUGCCAUUUCGAGAAACGAAGUUGCGAGCUUAGAGAUUGAUGAAGACAAGAUGAUAUCUCUACAGCUUCCUCUCAAAGAUGAAUUCAACGAAUUGCCAGAUGUCAAAGUAAAUCCGGUUUUACCAGGCUCCUUCUUGACUUCCGUCCUGAACAACAAAUUUCUGGAAAAGGACUCCAAAGAUGAAAUUCACGAACAAAUAAGCAAAUUCGAAGAUGAUGACGAUCUAUUAAACUACGCACUUCUUCUACUGAAUGAGCCCAUGGCUAUAGUGCAAGAACUGCAAUUUUCCUCGUUCCGCAAUGAUGCCACUUCAGUGAUUUUGACGUCAUUAGUCAAAAACCUGAAGCCAACAGUGCCCUUGCGAAGUUAUCAAUAUAUUGUCGACGAAGUUAUGGGUGGCCCGAGCUCAGUAGACGGUGAGCGGGAAAAGUUAAUUCGGACCAAUCUGUUAAGGUCAUUGGCUUUGCAUUUGAUGUAUUGGCGCCACGCAAGGGUUAUUAUACCUCUAUCAUCAAAAAGCACGUACAUCGUCUCCCCGCUUGCUCCUAUCACUGGGUCGGUAAGACGACAGUCGAAAAAUAGUGAAGUGCUUUCGACAGAAGACAAACCGCUUGUUUUUCAAAAUCAAGAUAUCUUUGCCAAAAAGUUCCCGUCACUGCCCACACUUUCCUCAUUUUUGAGUUUGAUCUCCUCCUCAAAGCCUAGACCGUUCGGUGUAUUCAUACCGUCCAAGGAUCACAAAAGUGUUUACCUCAAUGCAUUAAGCUGGCUGAUCAGAUACGGAUAUCUGACGCAGUUGCUCACAUUUCUGUGGGUCCGCAUUGACUCACGCAUCAAAAUAGCGGUUGAUGAAGAUCUUGAAAGGGAUGGCGUUAAAAGAACUAACAGUUCUAGACAACUCAAUACGAUGGCUAACGACAACAUUUCCCCAGCGGAUCAUGAAGACAAUUUGCCAGAUGAACCAGAUUUUUAUUACUAUGAGGGAGACGAGGAUGUGUUCAAUAGAGCUGACUACACGAUCAUCCUGAACCCUGAAAGAGCCACCGCUGUUGAAAAACGCUGGCUAUAUAAAUGCGUCGAAGGCCAGUCACCAGAAAUUCAGGCCCUUUUCCACAAGUUGGCAAAGUAUUUUAAUGGAAACACACCGUUGGAGUUAACUCUCGUUCGAGAAGGAAUAUCAAGACACGAAGUUCGCAAGCUGACACAGGCUAUCGGGAAAUACUUGGUUGAGAUAAAUCAUUGGUAA